AAACGAAUUUAAUGAUGGCGGCCAUCGAAUUUGCAGCGGGACGGAGGUGAACAUAUCACUGACAUUUUAAUGAGUCAUAUUUUCGGUGAUACGAACUAUGUUGUUUAUGCGGAUAUCUUCCUAAACCAGCGUUAAUUUAAAAGAUUUAGUAUAUUUAAUAUAAUAUAAUUGAAAUCGUUUAACUUAAUUAAAUACAAUGGCUGCAACCCGGAGACUACAAAAGGAACUAAAUGAUAUAAGACAGUCAGGACUAAAAUCAUUUAGAGACAUCCAAGUUGAUGAGUCAAAUAUCCUAACAUGGCAGGGAUUAAUUGUUCCAGACAAUCCUCCCUACAACAAAGGUGCAUUUCGCAUUGAGAUUAACUUUCCUGCUGAAUAUCCAUUCAAACCUCCUAAAAUAAGUUUUAAGACAAAAAUAUAUCACCCAAAUAUUGACGAGAAAGGCCAGGUUUGCCUUCCCAUCAUCAGUGCAGAGAAUUGGAAGCCUGCCACGAAGACUGAUCAAGUAAUUCAAGCUCUAGUUGCUCUUGUUAAUGACCCUGAGCCAGAACAUCCCUUGCGUGCUGAACUUGCUGAAGAAUUUCUCAAAGAUAGAAAAAAGUUUACAAAGAAUGCAGAAGAAUUUACUAAAAAGCAUAGUGAAAAGCGGCCUACUGAUUAAACAUGUCAUUUCAUUGAAUUUACAGCACUUAUAACUCUAAUAUAACUAGAGUACUUGUGUCUUCUAUUUUGGUUGGUUUGGUUUUUUAUGAAAAUACAUGGAAUUUUAUCUUUAUCAAAACCAAUUACUGCAUGAAUUAUAAAGUAAGAGCUGCUCUUCAUGUUUUGUAAUUAAUUAAUGAUAUAUUAUCAUGGAUAAUGAUAUUUAGUACCAAAAUUUAAAACAAUAUUUUAAAUUAUUACAACAUAAAGUUUCCUUCAAAACAAGUUCUCUAAUUAAAUUAGACAUAAAAUACUAAGAAUGCUGUACUUUCAAAAUAUGUUAUGCUACAAGAUAUACUUUUUAAGAUCCACACAUUGCUUGCAAAAUUUAAGCACCAAUAAUAUGAACAAUUUUUUUUUUGCAAUUUAGGUACUAUCUAAAGAUAUGCCUAUCUAAAUUAUUGGACAGAAUUAUAAUUUUUAAGAUACAUUUAAAACUUUUUAGUUUUAUUUGCUUAAUAUUUAUUUAAAUGCUUAUUUUUACCUGUUUAGAGAAAAAUAUGUUUGGCUAAACGUUGAAAAAAAUAUAUCAUUUUAUUUGUGACACUUAUUACAACAUAGUAAUUCAUCAUUAUUACUAAAUUUUGUAGUAUCUUUAAAUUUAAAAUCUCUCAUUUUAAUUUAUUGCAUUUUACUGUAUUGAACAUCUAUAGUAUUUUUUUUUAUUGUUCAAUGUGUAAUAUUUCUAUAAAUAAAUACAUAAGUGAAAAUUAUAAAAUUAAUAAAAAUAAUCGUACAGCUUAAGCUUAAUUGUUAU